UAUUCUUCCAACGUUCUAGAAUAUUAUCUAACAGUUUGCUUUUCGUUUUAUUAAAUUUUAAUUCUUUUACAAUAAGUUAAACAAAUAAGGAUUACACGUAUGAAACAGCCUGUACCAUAAAAGACCCAGAUUGCCCGAGAAGAGUUAAUUAAAUGCACGCAUCUGCUCUCGGGUUAAAUUGCAAAUUUCCCGAAUUUACAUAACAAUUACGUUACUAAUGUACUCGCUUUAUUGUUCAUAAAAAUAAAAUACAUAUGGAUUAUUAUUUAAUUUAUUCAAGUAUGUAUACUGGAACAAAAAAUGGAAUUAUGUUCAGUAUCUACUCUUUUUGCGCCCUAAUUUUUCUUAUCUCCUAAAUAUGACAUAAUCAAAUUUAUGUUAGUGAGAUAUAUAACAUAGAUUUAGUGCAAGUAAUAUAAAAGCAUAGAUACACUUGACAUUUUUCUGUCAGCGUUACUUAUUAUUAAAUCGUUGGAUAUAUGCAAUAUCGCAUUUUUAUUAAUAAUAUAAUAGAAUUCGUUGUUGUUACCUGUUAUUAAUAACUUUUCUAACAUUUGUUGAAGAUUUAAAUAAUUGGAUUCUAACAAACAGGCUUAUUUUGUGACUCAACAAUAUGAGCAAGGAAAGUCAGGAAAUGAUGGCAGUGUGGCCGGAUUUUGUUUGUAAUGUCAUGGAUGUGGUAAAGGAAUUGAAGAUAUUAGAAAUUGAAGAUGUUACUAAAUGGGUGGAAAAAGUAUUACAAUAUAAUGUCCCAACAGGAAAAAGAAUUCGUAGUUUAGCGUUCAUUCAAACUUAUAAAUCUCUGGUACCUAAUGAUCAACUAACAGAAGAAAACAUUUAUUUAGUACGGAUUUUAGCAUGGGGUAUUGAAGUGUUGCAAGCCGCUUUUCUCAUAAUUGACGAUGCCAUGGAUCGAUCGCAAAUCCGUCGAGGAAAACCAUGCUGGUAUAAAUGUAAUGACAAAACGUUUGCUAACGAUGGUGUAUUGCUGGAGAACAUUACGUAUUACAUAAUUCGAAAAUACCUUGGCAAAAAAGAAUGCUAUUUCGAUUUUAUGGAAGUGUUUCAAAACACUAUAUUUGCAACAGUAAUAGGCGAGUCUUUACAGUUUUGUUCGAUCAAUUUCGGCAAGAAACCAAAUCUUGAUCUAUUUACCAUAGAUCGAUAUAAUUCUAUUAUUAAGUAUAAAGCAGCGUAUUACACGUACUUUUUGCCUGUAAUCGCAGCAAUGCAUUUAGCCGGAAUAAAGGAUCCAGAAGUAUUCAGGCAAGCAAAAACCAUCUUAUUAGAAAUCGGACAAUUGUUUCAAAUCCAAGAUGAUUAUUUAGAUAUUUUUGGAGAUUCUGAAGUCUAUCGCAAAGAUGGUAAUGAUAUACAGGAGGGACAAUGCACGUGGCUAAUUGUUACAGCACUGCAACGUGCUACUCCGGAACAGCGUAAAAUUUUAGAACAGGAAUGUUACGGAACUUCGGAUUUGGAAAAAGUAAAACAAGUAAAACAGCUUUUUAUAGAUUUGGAUUUGCCAAAUGCUUAUUUUAUACAUGAAAAAGAGAAAUAUAAUAUUAUAAUUGCACAUAUUCAGCAAACGUCAUAUGGGUUUUUACAAAAACUUUUAUUCUAUUUAUUAGAGAACAUGUAUCGCAGGAAAUCAUAAAAGCGUUGUCUAUAUUGAACAAAUUAAUUACAUUACUAUAUCUUAUUAUUAGAUUUGAAAGGUAAAAUAAAAUAAAUGAUCUAAUGUGUUCUAUUCUAGAGUCCUAAAAUAUUACAAUAUAAAAUGUCAUGUUGAUAUUUUCACACACAAAGCGAGAAAUAUCAAGAUUUUUAAAUAAAUUUUAUGUAUAAGGAAAUAUUCCAUUUAAUUAAUAAAAGUUUUUUGAGGAACAUUUGUUUUAUCACUUCUUAUCAAAUUCUUCAAAAUAAAUAAAUUUUGUUUUAUAAAAUAAUAAAUACUUUGUAAAGAAAUAUUAGCUAUACCAUAUUAGUUAACCAUAAAAACAAAUUAGAACAAGUUCUUAUAUGACCUUUAUAUGAUAAGAAAUAAUUAAUUUAUUAUUAUAUAAUUAACAGUAAUUAUAUAAUUGUAACGUAUAUGCAUUAGCAUACAUUUAUGUUAUUGCAUACAAGUUAAUAUAUGCUAAAAAAUAUUUCACUUUUUUUAUUUUAGAAUAGAUUUGUAUUAUAAUAAAACAAAUCUUAUAUUAAUAUGACGCCUUUCUCAUAUUUGUUUUGAUAUGUUUUAUUUAUUCAAAAAAUAAUAACUCAGACUUGAUGAGUUUGACCCAACUGGCAGUUUUAUUAUUAAUUAAAAUAUUAAGUACAACGUUUUGACCUCGUCAUUAGGUCCUUCUCAGGUACAGAAUUGACAAAAUUUGCAAAGAAACGUUGCGGUCAAUAAACUUGUGGUCUCAAGUCACGGAUUAUACACUGCGUGGACUAAAUGGACAAAUAAUUAAAUAAAAUAUAAUUAAAAACUUAUAAAUAACUAAAUAAAAUAUAAAAGGUUUAAAAACUAUUUAAAAACGCUCAAGGACUUACAGGUUUCGUACAUCAGGUGUUAUCAAAUCAUAAUAUAAAAAACAAAACGUGUGAAAACUGGAAUCAAUAUAAAUUACGAGUGUAAAAAAGAGAAAUAUAAUAAUAGUCAUUAUAUAAAGUACAACGUAUGAAAAUUGGAAUCAAUAUAUAAAUUACAAGUAUAAAAAAGAGAGAAAAUAGAUGAUGAUCUGCACAUUUCUAGAUACAAAAAGAGACUGUGAGAUGUAGCGGGCCCGUGAAGGGUAAAUGGACUAAUAAGGAUUAUACAGAUUUUAUGAUGUUAUAUAUGGGAUUCAAGUUCUCUGUAUUUUUUAUAAAUUAAGACAGUUGGUAUUGACCAACGUAAAAGGCGUUACAAUCGUUGUACCUUAUGUGAUACACAACACAACAUUUUUUAUUUAUUUGUACAAUUUGGUAUAAUACAUCUCGUAAACAAAUAAUACAGGCAAAACAGACAUUUUGUGUAUAAAAGUAUUAGAAAAUAAAAUGUUCGAAGAAAAAAUACUUCAUACUUUAUAGAUAUUUCAUAAUUUAUAUUUUAACAUAUUUUAAGUAUAUACACUACAAAAAGAAAUAGGGACACUUUUCGUAUACCGAAAAUUUAGGCUAUCUUCAAACCGCUGAAAUUCAGCAAAAAGUUAUCACAGAGAUAAAAUCCAAAAAA